ACUAAUCAUCAUGACAUGGACGACGACGAUGCUGCUAGUCGACUCGACACCAGACGCCGCGUCACUUUCCUUCUGGGUGCCACCGACCCCACAACCACGAGUACUUUGCGUCUCCCUCUUCCUCCACCUGCGGACGCUAUCACCAUUCCACUCCUAUUAACUCGGGAGGAACAAGAUUUCCAAAAACUUGAACAAGACUUGGAAACUCCGAACAUAAUUUAUUUCGAGGAAUUCCUCCCCAACGAGCACGGUCACCUCGAAGACCGCUACGGAGUCCGGGGGCGGAGGAGUUGUUGUCCUUGUUGUCGAAAUUCGUGGUUGUGCUGGGAGUGGAGAAGCCUCAAAAUGUGGUGCUGUUGUACGGGGCGGGGUCGCCUCUGUUUGUGUCUGCUGGUCGUCAAACUGGUCAUUUUGGGGGUUAUCUUCCCCGUCGUGCAUUUGCAAGAGGAGCCCCAUAAUUUCGAUCAUGGAUAUCCGCAGCCGGAUGAUAAUCAUUAUAACGGACGCAAUCAUCACGGCGGUGACGACGGGGGGCCUGACUACGCCGAAAGUGUGCACGUUCAACCACCCACCGAUUCAGGGGGCGGAGGGGGUGGCGGAGACGACGACAACAUACUCGUCGUACGGCAUGACGGAGAUGAAUCGUUUCCCAACGGGUUUAUUAUCAUGUUAUCGUACCAGGGUGGUGGUGGUGGUGGGGGUGAAACGGUAGCUACUUCGACUACGACGAUUACAUCCGGUGAUGCUGGGGGUGGGGGUGGAGGCGGUGCAGGUGACGAUGAUGGUGGUGGGGAAGCAGAUUCUACUGCUGCUACUGCUGCUACUACUUCCGGUUCGAGUUCUGAGGCUGCUAAAUCGUCAAGUGCUAUUACCACUGACGAAGAAUCUGGAAAAGUGUGUCAGAAUUCUAACCCGAAUCCUCUCGAGAACAAGUUGGAAUCUAUCAUUUCCGCUAUUUCAAAUAUUCACCAGAGUAUCGAAAAGAUGGAAACUUUGAUGCAAGGAACCCUCGUCGAAGACCAGAGAAACAAAUGCAUCUCCGCCAUCCUGUCAGGAAACGGGACGUUGGCUCAGAAACAUUGGGUCCAGAUUAUGAAGUACAUCUCCUCCCCAGAAAAGGUCGAGGCCACGCUGGCCAACUUGGUGAAGGAGGCGUACAACGGAGUCCCAGAUCGUAUCGCCCCCUUGGCUUCGUUCAUCGCAGAAACGUCACAGUGCUCUGGAUUCGCCACGCUGUACUCGGAAAUGACCAAUUAUGGGCACGUUUUCGGGGGUCAUCCCUACAUUUUCCCGGUCGCCAUCGCCGUCCGAAAGAGUUGUCCCCAUCUGUCCACCGACCUUCUCCCGUCCACCCUGACGACCAUGUUGGGCGGCUCCUUCCUCCUGCAAAACAAGCUGAACCGUGGCUACCUUUACUACGCGAAACGUUGCGUCGCCCGGCACUAUUACCACUGUCUCGACGUCCUCACUAAACGCGUCCCCUCGGACGAGUUCGACGCCCUCGAGGAACGUUCCGACGAAUGGGGACGGUACCGAUGGCGGCUCAAUGUCACGGACGAAUCCGCAAAUUUCUUCUUUAUUCUCAACGAAGAUAAGUAUUUGCCUUAUCGAUUGCAAGACUUGAACAAUUCGCCACGAUUUAAGAUGGAGGAGGCGAGUUCAAACUUUGAAAAGAAUAUGGCCCACUUCCAAAUCGGGUUGGAGACCGAGGAUGAAGUCGUUAUUCGGGUGAAAGACACGGACAUGUUUUUGGAAGGGGAGGAGAUCAAAGUUUCCGACGGUUCGGCGGAAGUGCUACUGCAUUCGUUCUACAAGGCGGAGAAAGCUGUGGCGACGGAUGGGAUCAAGUGGAUCGUGGGGGGGAGGAGGAAUAAUAAUGGGGGUGAAAGUGGUGGUGGUGGAGAGAAAGCUAGAAUUGGGAGAUCUCCACUAAAAUUUCCGCUAUUGAUUCACGGGAGGUCAUAAUAAGUUAACGUUAUAUUACAUAAUUAAUUUAGUUAAGUAAUUAAUUAAAUUGUAGAUAAAUAAUUUUAAUAUUAAAUAAAAGUGUAAUCACAUUUUGACUGAAGGUUUUAAAUAAAUAAAUACAUUUUUA